CUUCCCUGGUGGAGGUAUUUCAGUGCGGUGUGUAUUACACUUUCACGCACACGCAUAUGCUUUGAUGGAGAUUGACAGUCUGGUGGCCAACAGGGCUCUUGUGAGGGCCAGAGAAGGAGGCGGGACCAAAGGCCGGAGCUGGAAAUGGCAAGAGAUGCUUCGCUUCCCGCACAUCAGCCGAUGCAGCAACUUGGCCGCCACCAUAGUGCGGGACUUCUGGGACAUAUGCGUGGUGCAGCCCAUCGGCCGAAAGCUCUUUGACCAGUUCUGUGACAGCCAAGACAAACUACGAAAGUACGGGGAGCUGCGUCAGGCUCUGGACGAAUUUGAGAUGCAGCGAGAUGAGGACAGGCGAGCGGUUGGACUACACAUCAUUCAAGAGUUCUUCACCAUUAAUACGUCACAGUUUAUCCCCGAGGUGUCCAAACACAAGCGAGGCUGCAUGUGGAGUCUAGAUCACGAACCCUGCACUGACAUCUUCAAGAACUGCAGAGAUGAUCUUCACACGUUCCUCAGCGGAGAACCUUUUGAGCAUUACCAGUGCAGCAUGUACUUUGACCGCUUCCUGCAGUGGAAGAUGCUAGAAAGGAGGCCGGUCACCAAGAACGAGUUCCGACAAUACCGAGUGUUAGGCAAAGGAGGCUUUGGGGAGGUAUGGGCAUGUCAGGUGCGGGCCACGGGGAUGAUGUACGCCUGCAAGAAGCUGCAGAAGACGCAUGUGAAGAAGCGGCGAGGCGAAGAAAUGGCGCUCAAUGAGAAGGAGAUCCUGGAGAGCGUGAACAGUCGCUUUGUGGUGAAUCUGGCAUACGCCUACGAGACCAAACACGACCUGUGCUUGGUUCUCACCAUGAUGAGCGGGGGAGACCUAAAGUUUCACAUCUACAACAUGGGCCCGGCCGGACUGGACUCGAAACGAGUGCAAUUGUACGCCGCCGAGGUCUGUUGCGGUCUCAUGCACCUGCACGAGAAGUCUAUCAUUUACAGGGACCUGAAGCCAGAGAACAUCUUGUUGGACGAACACGGACACAUCAGGAUCUCCGACCUGGGCCUCGCCAUUCGCGUGUCCGAGAGCGGGGUGGUGCGAGGCCGCGUGGGCACGCUAGGAUACAUGGCCCCGGAGGUGAUCGCCCACGAAUAUUACGGCGUGAGUGCCGACUGGUGGGGUCUGGGUUGCCUCAUCUACGAGAUGACGGCGGGCCAGCCCGUCCUCAGAAUGAAGGGCGAGCAUCCCAAAAAGGUCGAGAUGGAGGAAAGGAUCAAGACCAAGAAAGAGGAGUACGGCGAGCGAUUCGCACCACAAGCCAGAGAUAUCUGCUCGCAGCUGCUGGUCAAAGACCCCAAAAGGAGGCUGGGCUGCCAGACGUCAGGAGGCCGAGACGUUCAGGCACAUCCUUUCUUCAAGGAAAUCAACUUCCGCAUGCUGGAGGCGGGGCUUCUGGGGGCGCCCUUUAAACCUGACCCCAGGCUGGUUUACUGCAGCGACGUUCAGGACAUCGAGGAGUUUGCUUCCGUGAGGGGCGUCACCCUCAACCAAGACGACAGCAGCUUCUAUGCCAAAUUCAACACGGGAAGCGUUCCCAUCACCUGGCAGAACGAGCUCAUUGAGACGGGCUGCUUCAAUGAGCUCAACGUUUUUGGACCCGACGGUUCUCGACCUCAAGACCUGCAGUGCACGCAAGCGCCCGAAAGUCCAAAGAACGGCCUGUUCAACAAGAUCUUCCGCAGAUUUCACCCCCCUGAGGCGAACGAGGACGGGCAACGGAGCCCCCUGCCCAACAACUUCAUCACGUCGGGAAUUCUGUCUGCCCCGAACUGAAGACUGCCAAUCAAACGCUUGUGUGCGGUUUCUGUUUUGUAAAUGUACUGUACAGUGAACCCUCCCCGUUCCGCCGGGGGUUAGGGACCAAGACCCGCCGCAUAAACAUUUUUUUGUUGUCAUGAAUUGCUUAUAUUCAUUUUUAAAAUCCUAAGCAUACCCAAACUGAUCCCCAAACGUUUUGAUAUCAUUUCAAUCUCGUCUCAAAAAAUUACCCUGACAAAUAAAUGAUUUGGAUUCCAAGUGUGAGGA